AUUUCAAGGGCACAGCCUUAAGAGUGCAACGUGCUGGGGAGACCAGCAGGAUGGUAAUGGCACCGAACUCUGUUAAGGCUUCUAUAGAAGCUUUGAAGAUUCAGGUGCUUGGGUGCAGAGAUCAUCAUGCAGACACCCAAGACAAGCCUGCAUUUUCUGUAUCUUGUGCCUAGUAUCCGACGUUAGUUACAGAAUAAACAGUACUUUGCAAAGACUGACAGGGUCAGCUGCUCUGGGAAUGUGACCGGUGACCUCCCGGAUGGAUUAUUGUCCUGCAGGCUGCUUCCAAGUCAGUUGAAAGAUGCACAGACAGAUGAGAAGAUAAGCAUCAGAGGAAUUUUUCAGAAGAAGGGUCCCCAGCUACUGCUUGAGAGUUUACAGUUGCCAAAUCUGAUAAACAGACUCAGUUUCAACAUGGAAUUUGAAAAGCAUGAAAAAGGAAGCUUAUUAAAUGAGAAAUUAGAGGAGAAACUGACGGUCUCUUCUGGUGAUUCUGAAGCCAAACCUCUGAUCUUCACAUUUGUCCCUACUGUCAGAAGACUACCAACCCACUCUAAGUUGGCUGACACCUCUAAAUUCCUUGUUAAAAUUCCCGAGGAACCAAGUGAUAAGAAUCCAGAAACUGUAAAUAGGUCUGAGUCCAAUGAGUACUUGACCUUGAAUGCUGGGAGCCAACAGGAGAGAAACCAAGGGACAUUGAUUUAUCCUUCAGAGGGCAGUGAAAAGGUUUUGCAAGCAAGGGGAAUUAAAGCAAACGAACUUCAAGGAAUGCAGCAAAGUGACCUCUUCAAAGCUGAAUAUGUCUUUAUCGUGGACUCAGAAGGGGAAGAUGAAGCUCCAAGUGGAAAAGGUGAACAAGGCCCCCCUGGGGGGAUGAGCACUACAGCUUCUCGGCCCAAAUCUCUAGCAAUUUCUUCCAGUCUGGUUUCUGAUGUGGUACGUCCCAAAACACGAGGGACAGACCUCCAGGCCCCAUCAUACCCUGAAAUGUCUCACGGGAUUGCCUCUCAGCAAAAGCACGGACAGUUAACUUCUUCUCCCACUACCUCUGAGCAGCUUGCCUGUAAACCACCUGCUUUCUCCUUUGUUUCUCCAACUAAUCAGAAAACGCCACCUGACCCAGUUAACCUCGACGGAGCCUCUGUGCUAGAGGAGUUCCACACUAGGAGGCUGGAUGUCAGUGGGGCCUUGGUGGAAGAAACAACUACGUAUUUUCAAACUUCUGCUCACUCUUCACCCUUUUUUGCACGGAAGGGCACCUCCUCGACGUCACAGUUUCCCCAUUUCACUCAGUUAUCAGGUUCUAAUUUAUCCAGUCCAAGACCUGCAGAUAAGAAACCUGGACUGGCAUCUGAAGUUCCGAAGAAAACAGCUUUCACCUCACAUGUCCUUAGCCCCAGAGAAAGCCCGAGAACCACUUCUCCUUCACCAUCCUCCAGUGCUUCUCUGAAGUCAAAUUCGGGGUCAUAUAUACCAGUCCGUAUUGUCACACAUUCGCUCUCUCCAAGUCCCAAACAGUUUACCUCCUUGUUCCAUGGCUCUUCUUCCACUAUCUGUAGCCAAGUGUCAUCUAGUGGAAAUCUCUCAAAGUCAGGGGUGAAAUCCCCAGUGCCUUCCCGGCUUUCCCUGCUCACUGCCAUGCUCAAGUCAAACCCUUCUCACCAAAGACCCUUUUCCCCUGCAUCCUGUCCCACUUUCUCUCUCAACUCCUUGGCUUCUUCCACACUCACCCUCGAUCAAAAAGCAAAAGAAACCCCGUCCACACCUAAGAAAUCUCUCUCUAGUUGCUCCCUGAGAACGGGGUCUCCAGAACAAAGGGAACACCAAGUUUCCGAACUCAGCCAGCAAUCCUUUCACUUACCUUUUUUUGCCAAAUCUGCUCCCCUUUCUCAGGCAGGCUCCCUCUCUCCCACAACACAUGUUGAUAGUAGCCUUGUUUCUUUGAAUGUAGAGAAAACAUCACCCACUUCUUUGAAGGGGAACCCAACAUUCUCACUGCUACAGACUAGUACAUUGAGUUCUGUGGGUCUUCCUCCCGUUCCACCAAGUGUUCCUUCUCUUUCUUUGAAGGGCAAACAGGAUGUUGACCUCAGGGGUCCAGAAAAGCCCAGGAAUAUUCACAUACACCCUACAUCAGCCUCAUCUGUAUUAUCUACUCUAUCUCCUCCCGCUAACCAAAGGGCCACACUCUCCUUUCCAGAGAAAUGUUUCCAUCCUUCCCCAGCUCUUUCAGACCUGAUAAACAGAUCUAAGAGAACAGCCCCGAAGCUAACUGACCAGGGACAGAAUCCUUCAAUUCCUCCUUCACCCCCUGUCUCCAGUGCUAGCUCUGCCUCACUUUCCACACUGGGGUCCUUCCCACUCCCUCGUGCUACUCUGCCCACCCAGGCACUCCAGCUCCAUCCCUCAACACCGGACCCAGAAUUUGGCAGUGGUACCUUGCCUUCAAGACUUGGAAAAUCUGAAAGCUCAAUAUCCAACCACAGGUCAUCUGUUUCAACCCCAUCACCUCCCAUUUCUCUAACAAGAACCAAGGAGCUGAUUUCACCUUGUGCAUUGUCCAUGCCAACAGGCCUUGAAAAUAAGAAACCCAAGCAAUACAAGACCAAGUCAAGCUACAAGGCUUUUGCAGCAAUCCCUACAAACACAUUGCUUUUGGAACAGAAGGCGCUUGACGAACCAGCCAAGACUGAAAGUGUCUUCAAGGACAACACUUUAGACCCACCUCUGGAGUUUUGUUUCCCUGCACAGCUCAGGCAGCAAACUGAAGAGCUCUGUGCUACCAUUGAUAAGGUCUUACAGGAUUCCUUGUCUAUGCAUUCUGACUCUCCUUCGAGUUCCUCACAGACAUUGUUGGGUUCUGACACAAUGAAAAUGCCUACAACUCUUCCAAGAGCAGCUGGUCGAGAAACCAAAUAUGCAAACCUAUCCUCGCCAUCCUCUACAGUAUCUGACAAUCAGCUGACUAAGCCUGGAGUAAUUCGCCCAGUACCUGUAAAAUCCAAAAUAUUACUGAGAAAAGAGGAGGAAGUCUAUGAACCCAACCCUUUCAGUAAAUACCUGGAAGAUAACAGUGACUUCUUUUCUGAUCAGGAUGUGACAGUUCCUCCCAAGCCUGUUUCUCUCCACCCUUUAUAUCAGACUAGACUCUAUCCUCCUGCUCAGUCCCUGCUGCCUCCACAGACCCUCUCCCAUGCUGACUGCCUUACCCCAGGACCUUUCAGUCAUUUGUCCUCCUUCUCACUGAGUGAUGAACAGGGGGAUUCUCACACCUUGUUUAGCGGCAACACAUAUAAUAAGCUGAGUCAUCCAAUGGUGGCUAUUCCUGAACACGAAACUCUUGAUUCCAAAGAGCAAUGAAGUUUGAGCAGAAGCUGGAAGCAGGCUGCGCUGAAGUUUUCUGGAAUGCUGGUGCUAAUUACUUGCUAGAUUUGAUGUUUAAUUAUUUUUUUUCCUAUGAGUGUUUCCUUUAUGAACUGCAGUAGAAGUAAAAAAAAAAAAAAAAAAAAAAAAAAAAGUGUCCUGCAGGCAUAUAACAUCACAGUACCCUACUAACACCCAGCAUAGAAAAGAUUUAUCUAUAGCUUCUUGCACCACUGUUAGAGCCUUUAAUGCCUUCUAUUAAGCUGACAACAAUAUUAGCAUGCCCCUAUAUUUAGCUGCCAAAUAAAGAAGAACCAUGGGUAAAUAGAAGAAUGGUUGUGACUAUUUUUCAACACCACUAUUAUUUAAUGCAUACAUUACUUACUGAAUUAGGUUUUAUUUCCCUUUAGAUUGAUUGGUUGAUUUUUUUAUGUGUUAAAAAAAUGAGCAACUUUUAAAAAAUGAGCCCCUGCCUGCUUUCAGGGGAUGCUAAUAUUCAGAGGUUCAUUGUGGUAAUCUUGAACAUGAGAAAGCUGGCAUGUCACAUAAUUCACACAGUUUUCCUGUUCUGUUCGGGUUCCACGUUACCGGGACAGGCCCCGUACUAGGGGCAGCCCAGUGAUGUUGAGCUUUGUGUUGUUGGGAUGUUCUUCACAUUGUGGUUUCUCUGUUGUCACAUGAUUCUUGUAAAGGCUACUUCCAAGUCAGUUCAUUCUUAUAAUCUUGGGAGCAGUAAAGACCACAGAGCAAAACCAUACUUUGAUGAGAAUCCUGGGAGCCCACUGUCCAGCAUAUCUAUGCAGCAUAUCUUGUUGGCCAUCAGUCCCAAUCUUGUCUACCUGGUUUCCUUCUUAUAACCUUCUGUCCAUCUGGAAAGCCUAGAGCAAUACACACUUAUCAGGAAACCAUGGCAAUUCCAGACAGGGAGCUCCUGGUAGCAGGUGAGCCUUGGUAAUGGCUCCUCUACUUACUUCUUGCAUGUAAUCCUUGUUCCCUUGGAGCUGGCUCUGUUUGAACCAUAGUGGUGUUAGACCACUGCUACAUUACCCCACAAUCCUGCCCGAGGCAAAGUAGGCAAAGUUGUCUACCAAAGAACAACUGGUCUUUCUCAUUCUCUACCUGCAAUUUUUGGAAUGAUCUACUGUCAGUCAUAGAUUGGUACCUGGAAUUACAAAGCUUUCCUAUAGUCUCCUUUAGCAUAUGUAGAGCAGCAGAGCUUUGGUAAAGCUCUCUGUUCAUCUGUCUCUCCCAAAAAACACUACUUCUCUAUCAACCUGCUACACGGUAUAAGGCAUCACUUUAGAGUAUUAGUAACAAUUUCAUAUUCACUGUGUUCUUAUCAUGUGCCAGGCCUCACACCAAGUGUUUCAUUUGAAUUUAACCUAACCUUCACAAUGAGACUGCAACAUAGGUAAUAUUAUUACUUAUAUUUUAUGUUUGUGAGAUCAGAUUCUAAAAGAUUAAAUUGAGCUCAUAAGUGGUAGAGGCAGAAUUCAAAUCCAGAUACUCUGACUCAAAGACCAUCCAUUUAUUAAACCUUUCUUUCAUUCAUUCAUUCUUUUUUUUUUUUUUUUUUUUGACCGUGGGUAUGAAAAGUUGAGUUUAUCACACUUUUCAGUUGAUGGCAGACUGUUGUUAUAAGUUUGGGCAAGUCCUUCCCCGAAGUAUUUAUUGGUUAGAUGAUUGAUUAACUUUAUAAAUAAUAUCUGUCUUUCCUUCCCAUGCUAUAGGCAUACAUUCUUAUGUGUUUAAUGUAUAGUCCCUACUUACAUGUUUUGAAGAUAUGCAUUGCUUUUGUCUGAAUAUAUAAGAAUCAUAAAUGA